AUGGCGUUUGCGGCCUUUGUUAUACGACCAAUAUUACGUCGAAUUAUCAAGAGUACACCAAAGGGGAAACCAGUGAAGGAAUCUUGUGUUAUAGCAGUAGUUCUUGUGACUUUUACAAUGGGAGUCAUCACUGACGCUAUAGGAGGAUCCGUCGGUCCUGCAGCUAUUAUCAUGGGAUUGGUAAUACCCGACGGACCGCCUCUCGGGGACACGAUCGUGCGCAAAUGCAAACUCAUUCUCUUCGAGUUUUUCAUGCCAUUAUUCUUCGUUCGAAUUGGAUAUUUCACGGAUUUGACAACGAUAGAGGAUUGGAGGGAGUUUUUGAUGUUUGGAGUAAUCAUUGUUGUGCGGUGCUUAGGAGGGAUAGUUGCCUGUAUCUUGGUUUACUCCUCAAUGAGCAUGACAACAACUAAUGCCGUCUUCCUUGGCCUUAUUUUGAGUUUAGAGGGUAUUGUUGAAGUAGUUCAAUCCCUUCGAUGGAAAUAUCUACAGCUCAUAGACGAUCAUACUUUUGCCACAAUUGUGAUCGGCGUCGUUGCUCUAAAUGCCAUUAUAAUCCCCAUACUAGAGGUUAUAUACAAGCCCCUGCAGGAAAAUUUAGAUUUGCCUGCCGCAUUUAGACAAAGCAACAGGUCCCUUAGGAUGACUUCGAUUGUCGGAGAAUUACGAUUCAUUACAUGCAUUCAAGAGGAAGACAAUGUCCCCAGCAUCAUUAGCCUCCUCGCAGCGAUGCACCCAGAAGAUGUCAGCGCAGACCCAGAAGAUGUCAGCCCUUUCUGCGCCUAUGUCAUCCACCUUGUUGCGGUCCCUAGCCAUAGUGUUCCGACAUUAGCCCCUUACAAGAACCACUUGAGGAAGUUCAACCAGCCGAGUGGAUCCGAUAACAUCGUUCGAGCUUUCCUCAACUAUGCCGAUCAUUCGCAGGGUUUGGUCCAAAUUCAGCCCUUUCGAAUGAUUUCGCCCUAUAAGUACAUGCAUGAAUCCAUUUGCCGGCUUAGCGAGACGAUACACGCACCUCUUAUUAUAGUGCCGUUUUUCAAUUCCCAACAAGGACACGACACCGAUGGUAGCUUGAGGAUUUUCAAUACCAACAUCCAAGCCAUUGUGAAAUGCACCGUGGGGCUUCUGGUCGACCGAGGGUUGAUCAGCCCUAUUAGUUUAACUACCUUCUCUUACAACAUGGCCGUGAUCUUCAUCGGCGGGAUUGAUGACCGCGAGGCAUUGGCUUUGGCAACUCGCGCUUCACGACAGCCAAACGUUAGAAUUACGGUGUUGAGGAUUGUCAUGAUAGGCAAACAUAAUACGUUGGAGGAUCAAAUAGAGAGAGAGGGAGACAACACACUCUUUGGAGACUUCAAGGCUAUGAACGUCGACAAUGGUUGUGUCACUUGUCUUGAGGUGGUAGCACAUGACAUUGAAGAUGCGAUGAAAGCAUUUCGGUCUUUAUCAAAUACCUAUGACCUUGUCGUUGUGGGAAAACGACAUACCAUCCCGGAACUAGAAGCAUUGUUGGGUUGGGCACAAUAUCCGGAACUUGGGGUUGUCGGUGACACAUUGGCUGCACCGGAUUUCGCCGCCGGAAGGAUGUCGGUAUUAGUGUUACAACAUCAUGGUGGUGCAAGCCAACGGGAAUCCCAGCCUUGUAGUUAA